AUGCCUCUCCACCCUACUGUUCUCUGGGCUCAACGAAAGGACCUUAUUUAUCUGACCGUCCAGCUUAUUGAUAUCAGUAAACCCGAAAUUGACGUCAAGAGCGACCGCUUCCAUUUCAAAGGAAAAGGCGAAGAGGAACAAAAAGAAUAUGAAGCUGAUAUCGAGUUCUACGGUCCCGUGGAUGUCGAGAAAUCCAAACAACAUUUGACACCUCGUAACCUUACCAUGAUCAUUUACAAGAAGGAGGAAGGUUAUUGGCCACGUCUUCAAAAGGGUGGCAAGCUCAACUACGUCAAGGUCGACUUUUCAAAAUGGAAGGAUGAAGAUGAAGAAGAGGAAGAGGAAAGUGCUGAUCCUAUGGGUGGUAUGGAUUUCCAAAGCCUGAUGGCUCAAGCUGGUGGCAACAUGCCCACCAUGGAUGAUAUGCCCGAAGAUUCGAGCAGUGAUGAAGAAGAUGCCAAGGAAGGUGGCAAGCAGGAAAAGAAAGGUAAGAUGGGAAACAAGGUUUAA